AUGCCUUCCGAACAGAACCCGUUGCUUGCUCAGGUCCCGCUAACCGUAUCCCCCUUCAUCACCUUGCCAAAGGCGCCGACCCUACCACACAAUUACGCCAGCUUGCCCUCGACACUACCACCCUCAAUCCUCAACUCUGACAGCGAUGACCACUCGGGCCCUCCAGCCUAUGUGACCUCUGGCUCAGGCUUUCGUGCUCAGCCCUCCACUAUCGUCACCCAGAACAAAGCCCUGCGUCAUCAGCUUGACACUGCUGCCUCUGAGGCCAGCACCAAAGUCCGCGACUGGCGUGCUGCCAUUGAUGAGCGCGAGUUGGCUGAGAAGAGAAGAAAGGCCCCUGGCUGGCUGGACAGCGAUGCCAAAAUCCUAAGGCCUGCGACUACCGCUCCGCCGCCAGACACAAAGCCAGGUGCUAGCCUGUUGGAUGCUGAUGAACACAACACUGAUGCCCUGCGACCCCAAGCGUCUGCAAAUGAUAUGGGCUCGCAGAUGGAUCGUGCCUUUGGUUGA